CAGGUGAGCAUCCCCCGGGCACCCGGUGCAUCCGUCAGUGAGCAUCGCCCCCGGCCCGGGGGGAACGGGUGCGUCCCAUGGGGGAGACCCCCGCUGUCCCCCUGCCGCCCCGCAGCCCGUGGCACCCGGCGGGUGGCAGCCGGCGGAUCCCACCCUGCCCUGCCGGCCGGGGGCAGCCAGCGAGUCCCCAGGUGGGUGCAUCCCUGGGCUGGGAGUGCCCCUGUGCUGUCGUGAGAGCCGAGGGGCAGGGCCUUAGUGGGGGGCCCAGAGGGGCAGCAGGGCCACCGCUGUGUCCCCAUCACCGCCGCUGCCCUGGGACCCACAUCUUGGCCCUGUGGCCCUGCACUUUUGGCUCUGCCGCCGUGGGGCUGAGCGCAGGCACUCUCCUCUGCCCCAUGCUGUGCUCCCGGCUUGUCCCCAGGGAUCGGGUUCCAGGGGCUUUGGGGAGCUCAGUGCUCGCAUUCACAGGAGUUGGGGGUUGAUGCAGUGGGCAGGGAGUCACAGGGACUGUGGGGACAUCACCCACGCCUGUGUCCCCAGCAGCCUGGCAGCACCAGAGCCACCGGAGCACCAUCCCAGUGACGCCUUUUUGCCCUGCAGCUGCUGCUGGUUUGGGUUUGGGGUGGGAGAUGGGGCUGGAGGUUGCCCAAUGGGGUUGGAGGGGGUCGCAGGGCUGUGACAAGGAUUCUCCGGGUGACACGGAGGGGGCCUGAGACUGGAGGGGUCUGCAAGCACCCCUCAGACCGAGCUCACCGCCAAGGCACCAGCUCGCCUUGCUCCAUGACCGUGCGGAAAUGCAGCCGGCGGCAUCACCCCUGGUCUCAGCUGUGCCACCAGGCCCCGGGGACACCGGGCCUGGCAGCCUUCCCACGGCUCCGAGCAGGGGAACAACUCGGCGUCCCCACGAGGAUUUCCCAUGUCCCAGCCCGGCCACCCCCUGCCCACCCUUGCCUUCGUGUCGGGGGGCGUCCCCCGGGGUGUCCCCGGAGCUGCCACCGCCUGUCCCCCGCAGACAUCAUGGCUGACAAGGAGGGGGUGACGCUAUCGCUGGAGGAGGAGGAGGAGGAUGCCGACGUGGCCCUGGCGUACAAGACGCCGGAGAAGAAGAGCCUGCAGGAGAUCCAGGAGCUGGACCCAGGGGACGAGAGCCUGCGGAAGUACAAGCAGGCGCUGCUGGGUGCCAUCCCUGCUGCCGUGGAUGCCAGCGUGCCCAACGUGCAGGUGACAAAGCUGACACUGAUGUGUGAGCAGGCGCCGGGGCCCAUCACCAUGGACCUGACAGGUGAGCCUGGGGACACCUGGGGGAGCAGGGGGAGGAGGAGGAGGAGGAAGGGAUACCAAGCUGAUGGAUCAUCUGCCUGUGCAGGAGACCUGGAGGAGCUGAGAGGCCGGGCCUUUGUGCUGAAGGAAGGGGUGGAUUACAGGGUGAAGGUGUCCUUCAAGGUGAACAGGGAGAUCGUCUGCGGGCUGCGGUGCCUGCACCUCACCUACCGCCGGGGCCGGCCCGUGGAUCGCGACGUUUUCAUGGUGGGCAGCUACGCGCCGCGGGCCGAGGAGUACGAGGUGGUGACGCCGGCGGAGGAGGCGCCGCGGGGAUGGCUGGCACGGGGCUCCUACCGCGUCCGCUCCCUCGUCACCGACGACGACAGGACGGAGCACCUCUCCUGGGAGUGGGGCCUCUGCAUAAAGAAGGCUUGGGAGGACUGACCCCCGCCCCGCACCCCGGCUCCCCCCGCCAGCUCGGGGACGCGGUGCCGCCAUCCCGGGGACCCCUCGCCGGCACCGCCGCGCUUGCCCCAGUCGCCUGAAGGGUUGAGGGGGGUCCCUUAGCGAGUGAGAGCCCGUGGUCGUGGUCUUCGCAACCAAAGUUAUUUUUAAUUGCUUUUUUUUUUUUUUUUUUUUUUUUUUUUUUUUUUUUUUUUUUUAAUAUCGACGCCCGCCUGGUCCUCACGGCGUCCCCGCCGCUGGGGCCGGGGCUGUGACCCUGCCGUGGUGGUGCCGCGUCCGGCACCCGCCCGCUCGCAGGCUGCGCUCUUCCAUCGCCAUUAAACCCUACAGACUGGUCUCU